AUGUCCUUUCUUCUCCAAUGUCUUAAAGGCAGUCAAACACUUUUAAGCUUUUAUUAUCCUGGUAUUAAUGAUACUAUUGAAGCUUUGAAAGGUUCAAUAGGUAAGGGCUCUGGUGUUCCAGGAUUUGGCGAAGCCAUUGGGAGAGUGCAGGCGGGGCUGGAGAGGUAUGAGAGGGAGAUGGAGGAGAGGAGUCAGAAGGUUGUAAAUGAUGCGACUUUAAUUAAUAGACUCAUAGGUGCAUUAAAUGGCACAUUAUCUAAGAUACAUAGUAAGCCUCUGGUCAAGCAGUUGGAUGAUGACAUUAAGCCUAUGGCCCAGAGAAUGUGGGCCGUGGCAGAAGGCUUUGAAAACGACGCUGGUGAGUUAGAUGAUGGGCUGAAAAAGCAGUUAACGCCGGUUGUUGAGAAAGUGAAGCAGGCGGUGAAAACGUUUAAGGAAGUUGCAGAGAAGCCUGAAGUCAAUGGACAGGCUGGUGUGGUUGACAGGGAGUUGGUGAGGCAGCAAAAGACUGUUGAAUCUGCGAUCGUAAGGGAGGCAAAAAGCGUUCAGAGCGUAUUGGAUAGUGAAUUCAGAAACCUACAUGACAACAUUAAUAUUUUAAGUAAAGAGAAACAAAAACACUUCGAGCUGGUCAAGGAAGCCGUCCAAAAAGCCAAGGAUGAUGUCGACGAAUUGUUCGGUGAAAAUGGAGAACAUUUUGAAGAAUCGUAUACCAAAGUCAUUACUAUGAAAUUCGGUCAUCUUGGCGACAGAGUUGAGGUUUUAAAAGCGAAGGAUCCGGGCGACGGCACAAGUGACGACAAUAAAUGCAAACUUGAGAGGGAGGUUGACGAAGUAAAAAAGGCGGUUCUGAAUGUUGAAAAGCUUUACACCGAAAAGUUGACAACGAUAAAAAAGGAAGUUGAUUUGGCGGUAAACCAGGCUGUGAGCCGUCUUCAAACUGUAGAUACUGCAGUGAAGACGGGGCUUCAGGGGGUUAGAGACGAAAUACAUACUCAGUUGGAAGAGUUUGUUGACGGGGUGGGAAAAUGGAUUAAGGAGGGAAUAGAGAGAGCAUCCAGUACGUAUAACGGAUUCAGUGGAGAAAAAAAGGGGUUCACAUAUCUUGUCAAUCAAGUGAAUGCCAGUCAGAUUCUAUCAGGUGAAGACAGCGGGUUGAAGGAUUUGCUUGGAAGGGUGCAAAAUGAGAACAUCACCCUCGCAGGCGCCAUCGAAAUGUUUUUAAGAAAUCUCAAGGAUGAUGUUAACGGUAAGGUGCCAAAACCUUCCGAGCUGUUGCAGCAACUUCAAAUAACGCUGACCACUGCCCUCGAAACGGAAUUGAAGGCAGUUAUAGACGAGGAUCCAGAUAAAAUAAAACUCAAAGAUCUCAUGCAAGAGUAUCACCAGGAGACGAUGCUGAAUGGCGAUUCCUUUAAGCUCAGGGGUAUGAUAGAAGCGUUUAAAGGGCGUGUUAAAAAUGACGGUUUCAAAGGUGAUGGACACUCAGCCAGUUUCAAACCCGAGGAAAUGAAGGGUUACCAAGACGACAAGACCGGUGGUACGGACCAAGGUGCCAAGCCUAAGUACGAUUGGGCCAUGAAAAACCUAUUCGCUCAGAUUAACGAUCUGGAAUCAUUGCCCGGCGCCAUUGAUGUUGCCAGGCAGGCAACAGAAGAGCUGAUGAGACAGCUUAGUAAAAGUAUUGAAGGCAUUAAAAGCAAGAUUGAGAGCAUAGAACAGGCCGUCACUGACGCCGAUCAGCAACUCGAGGCAUCUAUUGGUACUGUCACUGACGCUUAUAACCAAGCCGAACAGAAAUCCAGAGAAGCCGUCGAACAGUUGAACACUAAUCUGCAGCAGGCCGUCAGAAGAUCAUUUGACCAACUCACCUCCCAAGUUCAAUCCCUCUUCACGAAGCAGAAGCGGGCCGAACUGGCGGCGCUGGAGAGCGUUGUCACGGCGCAGUUGGCGAGGAUAGAAGAGAUUAUCAGGGAGGAUAAGGCGACAGGGGUGAAGGGAUUUCUAAGAGAUUUAAAAGAUGGCAUUACAGAGCAUAUUCUCGACGGUCCGCUGACGGCUUCCACGAAAUUACCGGACCUGGCCACUAAACUGGUAACGUUCUUUGAACCAUUGUUCGAAUAUGUAGAUGACCAAUUAGUGCCAAGGACGCCAGGUACCUCAACUAGGUCACCACAACAGCCUACAGAUCCUAACGCUGCAAAGGUUAGGAAAAUCAGCGGUAAGCUGGCCAUGUUGCUAGCGCAUCUAAUGAAUAAUAAAAACAAAGUAUGCAAUUUUGAAACUCAAUUUAGUAAUGAUUUAGCCUCACUUAUAGAUGCCGUAAACGAGUUUGGUGCUGUUAAAUUCGGUGAAGGCCAGCACCCGGACCUACUUAACAUUGUAAGAACCGGCAUGAAUGACUUUGCCAAGCAGCUGAAAUAUGCCUACAUUAACAUGUAUGAUACUCAAAGUAUUAAGUGGCAAGAGGUUAAAGACGAUGACUUCGUGCUGACCGAAAGCGCAAUGAGAUGCGCGAAAAUAGCCUUGACCACAGUUCCCAUCCUUUUGUCAGAAUUUGAGGUGUUGCUGAAGAACACUAGCAUUGCCGGUGAUUGGUAUACUCUCAGCAUACAUCUACAUAAUAAUAGUAAUGCACUUGGCGCUUUCUUUAAAACUGCCGGCUACGGAGUUCCGAAGAGUGAAGACAUGAGCAAUGAGGAGUUGAAAAACAAGGAAGACUUUUGUGGUGAGCAGAUUCAUGAUCUCCUGGAAGGCCUUGACCACAAGUUGUAUAGUACCAAAAAAUCUUUCCAAAUCAUCGAUGGUCUGCCCAUCGAACACGAGGAGCAGAAUGGUUUGUUACAGAAACUGCAUGGCUGCCUUGUAAAAUACUUCAGCGUCUGUCACCUCACUCACAUCGACAAACCCAGGACGCCGUGCUCCGUUUACGAGAUGCUGGCAUGGUGUGCCGGCCUGCAGUUCAACUCCAUUUUUGAACCACUGUGCUCUUACUUCAAGGAGCUGUUCCAGAAACCCAAGGACCAAAAAGAUGUGCCAUAUGACCAAAUUGAAGAUAGCUCACUCAGCUUAGUCGGCACUAAGACAAUACAUCCUAGCCACUUGGUCACUGCGCUUAACGAUGUAUGUUCCCGAUCUUAUUACGUGCUGGUAGGCAUCCUUGGCAAUGGUCACGCCGACGGUGUUUACGCUUGCGAAUUCCCAAGCAACUCACUCAAUUUGUCGUAUCCGUCUUCUCCAUCACAGUGCUUUGCUAUUCUUGCAGACGUAUUAUGUAGAUUGUAUGAGCAGCUAUAUUUGCUGUAUGAGCAGUGUAAGCAUGGUCAGUUUUGUAGUGGGUGGAAUAAGUGUUGGUACGGCAGGGGAGUCGCCGGCUCAUCGUGGAGUUGUAAUACCCUACAGUGCCCCAACCAAACAGGUGACCAAACGGCUACCCAAAGUACUAACCAAAAGCACAACCAAAGGUGUGACCAAAACUGCAAGCAACAUAGUGACUGUGGCAUUAAAUCGCCGCUUCAGUCCUUCUUAGAAGACGGUCUAGUAGGCUUCCUUCCACAUCAGCUUACAAAAUUAGGCUGUGGAGUGGCAUGUUCAACGGGCAGGUAUCUAGAGGAGGUGCUUGCAGAUUUCUGUGGCAAACCAGACAAGCCUCUAAGUAAACUUUGCAGUUAUCUAACAUGUAUAUCACAACGCACGCCGCAGACACUUGGCGACCUGUUUGCUUUUUACUUUAAUUUCCUUGACAAGUGGAAUUCCAACGACGGCCACAAACGUUAUGCCUUUAUUAACGCCGUCCAAAGUGCGAACUUUGGGGAUCCGAAAACAACCCUCGAAAUCGGUCCCAUGUUCGGCAGCAGUGACCACGCUGGACAGACGCAUCCCAACGCCGACCUUCACUCGCUUGUCAAAUGCGAAAGCAACAGCGGUGAUGCAUCCCUUCCUUGCGGUCCAUACCUUAUGCCAAUUUGCCGUGACAUUUGGAACACGUUCUCCAGUAAAAACUCCGGUAAAUACUUGUCGUGGAUCGUUUACCUCAGUGAAACGUUCUAUGACCUGUUGAAAAAAUUGUAUGACGACUGCUGUGCAACGUGCGACAGGAAGGGCAGCAGAUGCUACGAAAACGCUGCAGUGAAACAUGUAAAGUAA